AUGCUCAGAAACAAAAAGAAAGAGCGUCAAUUACCAGUUGGAAGAAAGAUGCCAGCCCGUAAUUCUACUGACAUCGCGCCUCAAACAAUAAAUAACGAGCGGACCAAGUCGUCGUUGGUGACUCCAUGAUAAAGAACGUUCAAGGAAUAAAACAAGCCAAGACUGUGGGACAUCGGGUUGUUGUCAAGCCGUUCCCCGGAGCCACAAUUCGCGACAUGUGUUCCCACGUUGUUCCUACAAUUGAUAAGUCUCCUGGUCAAAUUUGUCUACAUGUGGGUACCAACGAUCUGAAAUCAUCUACACAAAGUGAUGUGGCAGAUGCUAUUAUAGACUUGGCCAGAGAGGUUGAGAAUGCUUCCGAGUCGAAAUAA